AUGGCGAUGGUCGCAUCCCCGUCCUUCUUGAAGGACAUGCAGGUGAACUGGGGAUCCAUUGCGAGCGUGAGUGAAGAAGCAUCGAGGGCAAUGGAGACAGUGCAAGCCAAGGCCAAGCAACCUGAGGACAUGAUCUCGACAGCACAGCUUCCCGUCAGUUCCGUUCGCGAUGCAGUGAUCCUUCUGCAAAGCCCGGGCAGCGGCGCAGGACGAGAAAUUGAACCAGAUGAGUUGCGAGAGAUUGUGGCGGAGCUGAUAGCUGCAUACAGUGACCCAGAUCUUCAAAGGAAGAUUAGAGACAUCUACGAGAAGCAGAGAAGAGCUCAGCUUCAAGCCAGUGCUGCAGGUGUCGCAUCGGAGGAUCACAUGGCUGAGCUUCGAGAACUUUUGUGGCCUUGCCAGACGGACAUUGCCGAGGCCUACGGGCUGCCCGGCACGACGGAAGGGCUACAGCGCAUCCAAAACUCUGUGCAGAGACGAAUCACCGAAGGUGACAUCGAGAUCAGAUGCCUGGCUGAUGAGGCGCUGAUGCUGAUUGGCAUGAGCCCUCUGCAGAACAUCAUCCAAGAGGUGAAAGCUGAGGAUUUCUUGAAUUGUAUAUAUGGAGCUGCUGGAGACAGCAGCGGCACAGAGAUAGAAGAGUUUUUCCUGAGAAAGCAGUCCAGCGCUCAGCACGAAAGCUUUGACAGUGAUAUUGCUUCAAACAUCCAUCUUCUGGCACGGGCUCGCGGUUUGAUGGCGGCUCGGCGCCUCAAGGAGGAGCGGAACCCUCCGGGUGGCCUGACUUGCGGAUUGUUGCGCACUUGGGCGGCAUACGAGAAGCUAGGGCUGGCACCUCAGCACAUCAUCAGCACGGAGCCGCCGCCUGUGGCGCGACUCAAGAACCCCACAGCCGCCCAGGUCUGGGAGUUUGUGCUGCGAAACCAGCCUGUCAUCAUCGAGGGCGCAUGCAAUCCCAAAGACUUCCCUCCGGCCACCGACUUCGCGGACUUCGAUUACAUGCGAGCCCGAUGUGGACAUCGCUAUGUCAAGGUCAAGGGCGAUUCUUGCUGGGACAACAAGGGGCGACAGCUGUUCCUCAACGACCCCACGAUUGAAAUCUCUGUGUCGGAUUAUUUGGAUUUGGUAGAAGUUGCCGAAGAGCACGAGACCUGCAUCUCCUGGUACAUGGGGAAGCUGCCACUGCACACAGACCUGCCAGAGCUUUUUGAGGACAUUAACAACUCUCCGAAUUCCCCGUGGCGAAAAUUCGGCACCUGCUUUGGGGAAAACAACAAGGGAGUGCACACCUAUUUUGGCUGUGGUGGGAACACCACCUGCAUCCAUUCCGAUCCAUCGGAGAAUCUGUUAAUGGUUGUGAUGGGUGAGAAGUUCAUGGACAUCUACCCACCUUGUGAUGCAGCCUGUAUGCACACAACAGUGAAGAAGUUCCUCAACUCACUAGUACCACCCUUCAUCGAUCCGAACCAUGUGCCGGAGGAGGUUGACAAGAACUGGGGCCACUACAAGUAUGCACAGCCCCAGAAGGUCCACCUGAAAGCUGGAGACCUGUUUUACCUUCCAAUCUUCUGGUGGCACUCCGUUCAAGGCUCGAUAGGGAGGAACAUGAUCCUGAACUGGUGGUGCCUCCAGCAUCCCUACAAGGAGCACAGGUACACAGGCUACGAGGGAUCCCGUGAGGUUUUGGAAGUUCUGCAGCACCUGAACGAGGCCUGGUCCUCCAACGACAAAUCGGCAGCAAGCGCUCAGGAGCGUUCAGUGGCCCAAGAGUUGGGAAAUGGCGUUCUCUACUCCGACUCCAUGUGCGCUGCGAGCAACAGCUACAAAAAGCUGGUUGCACCACCGGUCCCAAAGUCCGUCUCGCAGGAGAUUGCUUUGGGCAUGUGCGUCAUGGACAGUGGCAUUGGCAGAAGCAAGAACAGCUUUGAGGACUGCAUUUGCUUUACUUGCAUUGUCUACUUUCAUGGCCUCUUCUGGAUCUGCGCCUACGAAUGGCUUCCGAUGGAAAUCGUCUCGAUGACGCGUGAGGUGAAGGGUGCAAAGAGCACCCCCGUCGUCGAAACUGGUGAGCUGUCAGUACAAGCUCUCUUUCUAACGGGACAUGAGCACAUGCUAGGCAUGCAACAGGAAGAAGAGCAGAAGAGUUUCGGAGGCGGCGCCCACUUCAAGAGUUACACUGCCUGUAG